AUGCAACCGGAUGGCAGACCUCCUCAGCCUCCCGUCACCCGUGAUAUGCUUGAACUCCUCCAUAUUGGCCUUGACGAUCACAUUCCGGAGAACGCCUGCAUCCUAGCAGCCGCAGAGACGGCAUUCUGGACUCAGUCCCGACUGGGUGAGCUCUUCACAAAAAACCGGUCUACAUUCGACCCGCGUCGUGUACCAGCUCGCUCACACUUGUCCCCGCCGUCGACACUGAAUGGUUCCCGCACUCUAUUCUACCCCUACACGAAGAUGAAAAGGUAUGCCGGCGACAAGUCCUCCGUCACACGGCAGCUGGGCAAAUCCAACCCCAUUGAGUCUUUGCGCAUUCAUCUCGCUCGCAAUCACGCCGCAAAUGACAGCCCGCUUUUCUCCUUCUUCACGCGGACUGGCGAUCUCGUCUGUUUGACGAAACGACAUUUCCUCACUGUCUGCAACCGCAUUUGGAAGAGUCAUGAUAUACCACACACCACCGGCCACUCUUUCCGAAUAGGAGGUACCACAGAACUGCUCAUGAAGGGGGUUGAUCCCAAUGUCGUCAAGAUCAUGGGCCGCUGGUCGUCAAAUGCAUUCUUGCGUUACUGGAGGCAGUUAGAAAUUAUCAUUCCCCAUCAUGCACAACUCCUCGGUACAUCCUUUACAAGUUUUCUAACUAUGAAUACAGUCUCUAAAAGAUGA